GAGAGCGGUUCGGCCGGCGGCGGGCGGUUGAGAGGAAGAUCGGAGCCGGGCGGCGGCGGCGGCGGGAUCAGCCUCGGUGAGGCGUUUUUAAUUCAUCCGAGCCGCGUGGAGGAGGAGGAGGAGGACCGGGGAGGGGGAAAGGAGACACCAUGUCUGAAGCGGAGGAGAGGCCAAGCGCUAACCUGGGUCUGAACCCGGCCGAGGGGCAGGCGGAGGAGGCGAGCGCCAAGCCGGCGGCGGCUGCGACAGCGGAAACCCCGAUCCAGCCUCCAGGUCCGGGACAGAUGGACAGUGGUGAUGCAGCGUUUAUAUUCAAAGUGCCUAAACCAGAGGUUAAAGAGGAGGAUCCUGCCUAUGAAGAAAAAAUGAAAGCAGACAGGGCAAAUAGAUUUGAUUAUCUGCUGCAACAGACUGAGCUUUUUGCCCACUUUAUCCAACCCGCUGCACAGAAGACUCCAACUUCUCCUUUAAAGAUGAAACCUGGGCGCCCUCGCAUAAAGAAAGAUGAGAAACAGACACUUCUGUCGGUUGGAGAUUAUCGGCAUCGCCGUACAGAACAGGAAGAGGAUGAAGAACUACUAUCAGAAAACAGCAAGACAACCAAUGUCUGCACAAGGUUUGAAGAAUCCCCAUCAUAUGUAAAAGGAGGGAAACUUCGAGACUACCAAAUCCGUGGACUGAACUGGCUGAUUUCUUUAUAUGAGAAUGGCAUUAAUGGUAUCCUGGCAGAUGAGAUGGGUCUUGGGAAGACUUUGCAAACUAUUGCUCUUCUUGGGUACAUGAAACAUUACAGAAACAUUCCUGGACCUCACAUGGUUCUAGUUCCUAAAUCUACACUGCACAACUGGAUGCUGGAGUUCAAGAGAUGGAUACCAACUCUUCGAGCUAUUUGUUUAAUAGGUGACAAGGACCAAAGGGCUGCUUUCAUCAGAGAUGUCCUCCUUCCUGGAGAGUGGGAUGUCUGUGUGACAUCAUAUGAAAUGCUGAUCAGGGAGAAAUCUGUUUUCAAAAAGUUUAAUUGGAGAUAUCUGGUUAUAGAUGAAGCUCACAGGAUCAAAAAUGAAAAAUCUAAGCUGUCUGAAAUAGUGAGAGAAUUUAAGACAACAAAUCGAUUAUUGCUCACGGGUACACCACUUCAGAAUAACCUGCAUGAACUUUGGGCUCUGCUCAACUUUCUUCUCCCAGAUGUCUUCAAUUCAUCUGCUGACUUUGAUUCUUGGUUUGACACAAACAACUGUUUUGGAGACCAGAAGCUUGUUGAACGCUUGCAUAUGGUAUUGCGACCCUUCCUCCUUCGACGUAUUAAAGCUGAGGUAGAAAAGAGUCUGCCACCAAAAAAGGAAGUCAAAAUGUAUGUAGGACUUAGUAAAAUGCAACGGGAAUGGUACACCAGGAUAUUAAUGAAGGAUAUUGACAUCCUGAACUCCUCAGGGAAAAUGGACAAAAUGCGUCUAUUGAAUAUAUUGAUGCAACUGCGCAAGUGCUGCAACCACCCCUAUUUGUUUGAUGGAGCUGAGCCUGGCCCACCUUACACUACCGAUACUCACUUGGUAGUUAACAGUGGAAAAAUGGUGGUAUUGGACAAACUGCUGCCGAAAGUGAAGGAGCAAGGUUCUCGAGUGUUGAUCUUCAGCCAAAUGACCAGGGUGCUGGAUAUCUUGGAAGAUUAUUGUAUGUGGAGAAACUAUGAAUAUUGUAGACUGGAUGGUCAGACUCCACAUGAGGAGAGACAAGAUUCUAUUUCUGCUUUCAAUUCUCCUGGGAGCUCAAAGUUUAUCUUCAUGCUAAGCACACGUGCUGGGGGUCUUGGUAUAAAUCUAGCUACAGCAGAUGUAGUAAUCCUGUAUGACUCUGACUGGAACCCUCAGGUUGACCUCCAGGCUAUGGAUCGAGCCCACAGAAUUGGUCAAACAAAAGUAGUCAGAGUAUUCCGAUUUAUAACUGACAACACUGUAGAGGAAAGGAUAGUGGAACGUGCUGAAAUGAAACUUAGACUGGACUCUAUUGUAAUUCAGCAAGGAAGGUUAGUCGAUCAGAAUCUCAAUAAGCUGGGGAAAGAUGAAAUGUUGCAGAUGAUUCGUCAUGGUGCUACCCACGUGUUUGCCUCUAAAGAGAGUGACAUUACUGAUGAAGAUAUCGAUGCUAUAUUAGAGAGGGGUGAAAGAAAGACAGCGGAGCUAACAGAAAAGCUCUCAAAUAUGGGUGAAGGUUCACUGAGAAACUUCACAAUGGAAACAGAGGUCAGUGUGUACAACUUCGAAGGUGAGGACUAUAGGGAGAAGCAAAAGGUAAGUUUGGCUUUGGAUGGCUAUUUAAUUUUAUAUAUAUUAUAUAGUUUUAAAAAUGGAUUUAGUGAAAAGUUGCUUUAUCCACAGUUGGCGCUAACUGAAUGGAUCGAACCCCCCAAACGAGAACGUAAAGCAAACUAUGCUGUUGAUGCUUAUUUCCGAGAGGCCCUUCGUGUCAGUGAGCCCAAAGCACCCAAAGCUCCUCGACCGCCAAAGCAGCCCAAUAUUCAAGACUUCCAAUUCUUUCCCCCUCGACUAUUUGAACUGCUAGAGAAAGAAAUCCUGUAUUACAGAAAAACCAUUGGUUACAAGGUGCCACGUAAUCCUGAUCUACCAAAUUCAGCUCAAGUGCAGAAAGGAGAACAGUGCAAAAUUGAUGAGGCCGAACCCCUAAAUGAUGAUGAGCUUGAAGAAAAAGAGAAGCUGUUGACACAGGGAUUUACCAGCUGGACAAAAAGAGACUUUAAUCAGUUCAUCAAGGCAAAUGAAAAGUGGGGUCGUGAUGAUAUUGAAAAUAUUGCCCGUGAAGUAGAGGGGAAAAUUCCUGAAGAAGUGAUUGAAUACUCUGCUGUGUUCUGGGAAAGAUGUAAUGAGCUCCAAGACAUUGAAAAAAUUAUGGCACAAAUAGAAAGGGGAGAAGCUAGAAUCCAAAGGAGGAUCAGCAUUAAAAAAGCACUAGACACAAAGAUUGGCCGUUACAAAGCACCUUUCCACCAACUGAGAAUAGCAUACGGCACAAAUAAAGGGAAGAAUUAUACAGAAGAGGAGGACAGAUUUCUGAUCUGCAUGCUGCACAAGCUGGGGUUUGACAAAGAAAAUGUUUACGAUGAGCUUAGACAAUGCAUUCGAAACUCUCCACAAUUCAGAUUCGACUGGUUCCUUAAGUCAAGAACUGCUAUGGAGCUCCAGCGGCGAUGUAAUACUUUAAUUACUCUAAUAGAAAGAGAAAACUUGGAACUUGAAGAAAAAGAGAAAGCAGAAAGAAAGAAGCGUGGACCAAAAACUACAUCGGCACAGAAACGUAAAUCAGAUGGAGCACCAGAUGGACGUGGUCGAAAAAAGAAGCUAAAACUUUGAAUUGUCUAUGCUCAUCAUGUCUGCAUAGUUAAUGUAUUUCAGUUCUACUGAGGAUGUAUAAAGCUUUGAUAGCAACUCGUACGUGGUAUUACAGCAUCAUUCCCACUGUAAUAGUAGGAAUUAAUGUAGUCUAGAGUUUAUUGAAUUUUAAACAGCUGUGCUGAAUAUUUUUUUCUACCAUGUAAUAAAAUGGCUUCCAUUAAAAUCCAUGGAUUAUUUCUACACUUCAGUUUUAUAUAUGAGCCAAAUACAACUUUGUCCUGUU